CAAAAUUCAUCAAAACAAAAAACAAAUGGAUCUAUUUAUGUUCCAAUCAAAGAGUCUAAACUAGAUUCAAGCAGUAGUGAUUCAAGUACAGUUGAAUCUGAAGACGAUAGUGACGAUGAUAGUGAUGAGGAAGAUGCCAAAAAUUUGGAACAAAAUUCAUCAAAACAAAAAAUAAAUGGACCAAUUUCUGCUCCAACCAAAAAGUCUAAGCGAGAUCAUAAAGAAAAUGGCAAAAAUGAAAAUGAUGGGCAAGAUUCAAGCAGUAGUGACUCGAGUGCAAGCGAAUCUGAAGACGAUAGUGACGACGAUAGUGAUAAUGAUAGGUCCAAUGAUUUGGAGCAAAAUUUAUCAAAACAAAAGAUAAAUGGCCCGAUUUCUGCUCCAUCCAAAAAGCCCAAACCAGAUCAUAAAGAAAACGGAAAAAAUGAGAAUGAUGGGCAAGAUUUAAGCAAUAGUGACUCGAGUGCAAGUGAAUCAGAAGACGAAGAUAGUGACGACGAUAAUGAUAAGAAUGAGACCAAUAAUUUGGAUCCAAAUUCAUCAAAACGAAAAAUAAAUGGACCGAUUUCUGCUCCAACCAAGAAGUCCAAACCAGAUCAUGAAAAUGGCAAAAAUGAAAAUGAUGGGCAAGAUUCAAACAGUAGUGACUCGAGUACAAGUGAAUCAGAAGACGAUAGCGAUGACGAUAGUGAUGAGGCAAAUAAUGUGAAGCAAAAUUUAUCAAAACGAAAGAUAAAUGGACCGAUUUCUGCUCCAACCAAAAAGUCCAAACCAGAUCAUGAAAAUGACGGGCAAGAUUCAAGCAGUAGUGACUCGAGUACAAGUGAAUCAGAAGACGAUAGUGACGACGAUAGUGAUGAGGAAGAUGCCAAUAAUUUGGAACAAAAUUCAUCAAAACGGAAGAUAAAUGGACCAAUUUCUGCUCCAACUAAAAAGUCCAAACCAGAUCAUGAAAAUGGCAAAAAUGAUAGACAAGACUUAAGCAGUAGUGAUUCAAGUACAAGUGAAUCUGAAGAAAAUGAUAGUAACGAGGAAGAGGCCAGUCACUUGGAGCAAAAUUCAUCCAAAAGAAAAGUAGACGAAUCUGUCGCUACACCAGUCAAAAAGCCGGUUAAAAAACCCAAGGUUGAUGACAACAUGUCUUCAAGUAGCACAGUAUUCAUUGGUCAACUCUCGUACAAUGUUGACGCUGAUUGGCUAAAGGAUGAGAUGAAAGAUGCUGGAGAAAUAGUCGAUGUGCGCAUAAUUUAUGACAAAACAACUGGAACGUCGAAAGGGUAUGGAUAUAUAGAAUUUACUAAUCCUGAAGCAGCACAGAAUGCGUUAAAGCUCGCGGGAAAAGAAAUUGAUGGCAGGUCUAUUCGUGUUGACCUUGCUGCCCCCAAAAAUGCCGCCCCCAAAAAUGCAAGACAUGAUACAAAUGUUACUGGCCCAAAAAGCGAAGUCAGUGAUACCCUCUGGGUCGGUAAUUUGUCUUUUAAUGCUACGGAAAAAAAAGUUCGUGAUGUUUUCAGUCGUUAUGGGCAAAUUAUAGCAGUCAGGCUCCCUACCUUUAUUGAUACGGGGAACCCUAAAGGCUUUGGUUAUGUUCAAUUUGCAGACAUUAGUAGUUCUCAGAAAGCUAUGGAAUUGGACGGUACGGAAAUUGAAGGUCGUCGUAUUCGGCUCGAUUUUUCUUCAGGCAGACAAACCAAUGACAAAAAUUCUCGCUUUGACGGUCGUAGUGGUGGGCGCGGAUUCGGAUUCAGAGGUGGUCGUGGCGGACGUGGCGGGCGUGGUGGGCGUGGUGGGCGUGGCGGGCGUGGCGGAAAUAGCUACGCAGCCGCAAACCGAGGAGCAAUUGUCCCUGCACAAGGAAAAAAGAUAACCUUUGAAUAA